UGUCUCUUCAUAUCCUCACAGAAUUCCCUCUAAAGAAACUUGCGUCAAAUAUUCUUUCACACAUUUCCAUCUUCAUAAUCACAUUCUUUAGGUAAAACCAUAUUUUUCCCAUUUCAGAAUGCCCUCAAUAUAGUUUCUAGAGAGAGAAAGAGUUGAUGAUGGGUUUUCUUCGACUUUUCAUCUUUGCGUUCAUCGUAUCAGUGGCUUCUUUUACCAUUAAUGCCGAUGAAUCCCUCAAGCUAAACGAUGAAGUUUUGGGACUUAUAGUCUUCAAAUCUUCUGUUACUGACCCAUCAUCACAUCUAUCAUCGUGGAACCAAGAUGAUGAAAGCCCAUGUUCUUGGAUGUUCGUUACAUGCAACCCGGUCACUAGCAGGGUCACCGGACUCUCUCUCGACGGAUUAAGUCUUUCCGGGAAGAUUGGUAGAGGUCUCGAGAAGUUGCAGAACCUCAAGGUACUCUCACUUGCUAACAACAACUUCACAGGAUACCUUAACCAUGAACUAUCACUCCUUCCCAAUCUCGAACAGCUUAAUCUGAGUCGAAAUGGCUUUUCCGAUCGAAUCCCCGGCUCUUUAAUGAGCUCAGGCAGCAUUAAGUUUCUUGAUUUAUCAGAAAACUCAUUAUCUGGACCAGUUCCUGAAGAGUUCUUCAUAAACUGUUUAUCACUCAGAUCACUUUCCUUAUCGGGAAAUAACCUUGAAGGUCCCAUUCCUGCCUCACUUUCCAAAUGUACAACACUAAAUCAUCUUGACCUUUCCAACAAUCGUUUUUCGGGUAAUUUAGACUUCAAAUCAGGUAUGUGGUCGUUGAUCCGAAUCCGAACGUUGGAUCUUUCUCACAAUUCGUUUUCGGGAUCCAUCCCUAAUGGUGUAUACGCUUUGCAUGACCUGAAAGAGCUUUCUUUAGAAGGAAAUCACUUCACAGGAGCUUUGCCUUCUGAUAUUGGUUUGUGUCCACACUUGAAGAAGCUAGAUUUAAGCAAUAAUCUCUUCACGGAAACUGUUCCAGAAUCUUUCCAUCGUCUUUCUUCUCUUAAUUAUCUGAAUCUAGCCAACAACAUGUUAUCUGGUGACUUCCCUCAAUGGAUUGGAAGCAUGGGCAGCUUGGAAUACUUGGAUUUUUCAGGCAAUGGUUUGACCGGAAUCCUGCCGGAAUCAAUGGGUGAUCACUUAAGUUCACUGACUUAUAUAAGCGUUUCUGGUAAUAGUAUAAGUGGGAGCAUUCCAUCGUCAUUAGUUUCCUCCAGUAAACUAUCGGUUAUUCGUUUAAGAGGGAAUAAGUUCAAUGGUAGCAUCCCCGAUGCUUUAUUUGAACUGGGGUUGGACCAAAUUGACUUUUCCAGGAACGAACUUACUGGUUCUAUCCCUCAAGGUUCAAGAAAGCUUUUUGAAAAUCUUCAAUCUCUAGAUCUAUCUGGAAACAGACUCACCGGCGAUAUUCCAGCUGAAAUAGGACUUAACUCAAAGUUAAGAUACUUGAACUUGUCAUGGAAUAAUUUUGAGACAAAAAUACCCCCAGAGUUAGGGUACUUCCAAAAUCUAACUGUGUUAGAUCUCCGAUAUGGCUCCUUUCAGGGGUCAAUCCCUAGCGACAUUUGUGACUCAGGCAGUCUUGGAAUUCUUCAGCUAGAUGGAAACUCUUUCACUGGUUCAAUACCUGAUGAGAUUGGAAACUGUACAUCCCUUUACUUGCUGAGUAUGUCUCACAACAGCUUGACUGGUUCAAUUCCAGGAUCAAUGUCACAACUGAAAAAGCUCAAGAUUUUGAAGCUGGAGUACAACCAACUGAGUGGUGAGAUACCACAGGAGCUAGGUGAGCUCGAAAACCUUCUGGCAGUAAAUAUAUCUUACAACAGGCUUCAAGGAAGACUUCCUACUGGGGGCAUAUUUCAAAGCUUAGAGCAAAGUUCUCUCGAGGGUAAUCUAGGUAUCUGCUCACCAUUGUUGAAAGGACCAUGUAAAAUGAAUGUGCCAAAGCCAUUGGUGCUUAAUCCAUUUGCAUAUGGGAAUCAAAUGGGAAGACAUAGAGGAGAAGAAAGUGACGAAUCUUCAAAAAGUUCCGGAAACCAUCGCUUUCUUAGCGUUUCAGCCAUCAUUGCGAUAUUAGCAGCUGUGGUGAUCUCCAUUGGAGUUCUAAUCAUAAGCUUACUCAAUAUCUCAGCUAGAAGACGUCUUGCUUUUGUUGAUAAUGCACUCGAGAGCUGUUCAAGCUCUUCCCGCUCAGGAGCAAGUUUGUCAAUGGGGAAGCUUGUUUGGUUUGAUUCAAAAGCAGGUCCUGAUUGGGGUGUGAAUCCAGAAUUUUUAUUGAAGAAGGCGGCUGAAAUCGGUGGAGGGGUAUUCGGAACUGUCUACAAAUAUGUAGAAGAUGGUAGCAAUAAUUUUGCAAUAAAAAAUCUUGUGGUGUCAAACAUGAUCCAGUAUCCUGAAGAUUUCGAUAGAGAGGUUAGAGUUUUAGCCAAAGUGACACACCCGAAUCUUGUUUCGCUAAAAGGGUACUAUUGGACUCCAAAAUUGCAGCUUUUAGUGACUGAUUACGUCCCAAAUGGUAGCUUACAAACCAGACUCCAUGAAAGACCACCUUCAAGUCCACCUCUUUCAUGGCAGAGCCGGUUCAAGAUCCUGCUAGGAUCAGCAAAAGGACUCGCUCACUUGCACCAUUCUUUUUCUCCACCCAUCGUGCACUACAACAUCAAGCCCAGCAACAUUCUCCUUGAUGACAGUUUGAAUGCGAAGAUUUCAGACUUCGGAUUGACAAGGCUAUUAUCAAAGCUAGACAAGCAUGUGAUGAACAACCGGUUUCAAAGUGCGUUAGGUUACGUGGCUCCAGAACUUGCUUGCCAAAGCUUACGGGUGAAUGAGAAAUGCGAUGUUUAUGGGUACGGGGUUUUGAUUCUAGAACUUAUGACAGGGAGACGGCCGAUUGAGUAUGGGGAAGACAAUGUGUUGAUACUUAAUGAACAAGUGAAAGUUAUGCUGGAAGAAGGGAAUGUAUUGGAUUGUGUUGAUGAGAGCAUGGGAGAGUAUCCAGAAGAAGAAGUGUUACCGGUGCUUAAACUGGCAUUGGUAUGCACUUCUCAGAUACCUUCGAGCAGGCCAUCAAUGGCGGAAGUUGUUCAGAUAUUACAAGUCAUCAAGACACCAAUUCCUCAUAGGAUGGAACCAUUCUAGGACUGUAAUUUGUUAUUUUUUUUCUUAACGUUGGUAACAUGUUAUUCGUUUUGUGAUUUGAUAUUUCUGGCUCGUGUAUGGAUGAUUACAAACCUUUCAUUUCAUCCAUUUAUCUAAAAUUUCGCAUCCUUGGGAUAAGGUUAAAAAGACCAACUGGCCAAUAUAUGUCAUGUCACAUCUUAGAACCAC